AUGAAAUCAAGAAUGAGAGCGGCGGCUCCUUUGAGAGAUGCUAGUCAUCACAAGGGAAAUGUUUUCAAAGAAAAGCCUGCAAGUGAUCGAUUAAAAGCAGUAAAGGACAACCACGCUUGCUUCAGCUGCCUCAAAAAAGCGGGAAGAGAUCACAAAUCCCAAAACUGCUCAAGAAGACGUCAAUGCCCUGAGAUGAUUAACGGUGUACAAUGUACACAAUACCAUCAUCAGCUGUUACACUGUAACUCUGUGCGYGCUAAUGUUGCAGCGACUAGCAGUUCAGAUGACGCCCUGUUGCCUAUUGUCUCGGGUAACAUACGCAGAAGAAAUGGUUUAUGUCAACGUGGGAACAUCAUGCUUGAUUCUGGUGCGCAGUUAAGUAUAAUUUGCCAACAAACGGCCGACAAACUAGGACUUACAGGAAAACCUGUAUCAAUAACCCUGAGUAAAGUGGGCGGAGAAGAAGAGGUCAUAAAGAUGCAUGUCUACAAAGUCCCCAUCACAUCGUAUUCUAUUCUAUUCUAUUCUAACGCAAUCGGGCUAGCACGCAUUACUGAUGACGUCAGCGGAGCGCCAAUUCAGACCAUAACAGAACGACUAAACCUGAGGAAAACCGACAUCAAAAGAGGAAAGGGUACUGUACACCUGCUAAUCGGGGUCGACCACGCCCACAUGCACACUGGAGAAACGAGACAAAGUGGAAAUCUGGCUGCAAGACACUCUCCCCUGGGAUGGGUGGUUUUUGGAUCCCCAUCUGACGACAUUGAUAGUACAUCAACGAAGUUAGCAUUACACGUGAAGUAUGCGCAACCAGUAGACCUUACGAGUUUCUGGACAACAGAAGCAAUGGGCGUAAGUCCGAAGCAAGGCUCCUUAGAUCACCUCAGUACUGUCGAGAAGGAGGCUUUGGUAAUAGAGAAAUCCUGUGUAAAAGUGGGAAAUCAAUGGCUAGUACCCUAUCCGUGGUUAAAAGAUCCAAACCAGUUACCCGACAACAAGGCCCAAGCACUGAAAAGCCUUGAGUCUACAGAAAGACGACUCUCAAAACAUCCUGAGCAAGCAGCCAUCUACGACAAACWAAUGACUGACCUGGAAGAGAUGGGAUUUGCGAGAAAGCUCACGAGAGAAGAGGCUGAUAACUACAAAGGGCCUAUACACUAUAUAGCACAUCACGCUGUCAUCCGGCCAGAAAAAAAUAGUACCCUAGUGCGCAUUGUCUUCAAUUCUUCAUCAGUUUACAAAGGUCAUCGCUUGAAUGACUACUGGAUGAAAGGCCCGGAUUUGCUAAACAAUCUAUUUGGUGUCCUACUGCGUUUCAGAGAAGAUAUCGUAGCGUUCGCAGGAGAUAUUUCCAAGAUGUAUCAUAGAGUCUUGAUCACUGAGCAAGAUCAACAUGUUCACCGCUUUCUGUGGAGAAACCUAGACACGACACGAGAACCAGGUGUUUAYGUCAAAACUGUGCUUACUUUCGGCGACAAACCCGCUCCCGCCAUGGCUCAGAUUGCUCUACGCAAAACAGCACAUGAAAAUCAAGAGAAGUACCCAGAAGCAGCACAGACACUCAGAGAGAACACCUAUAUGGAUGACAUCUGUGAAUCAGUACACACCAAAGAGAAAGCUGAAAGGAUUAUCAAAGAAUUAGAUGAAGUACUAGAGAGUGGAGGUUUCAAGGCAAAGGGAUGGAUUUCGAACAAAGUCUUAGACGGCUCUUCAAAUCAGCAACGACAGGAGGUCGAAAUUCUACAAAGCGAGGAGAAGAUACUCGGAGCUGUGUGGAACAAUGAAGAAGACACGAUUACCUUUAAAGUUAACCCGAAUCACAUUAGGUGUAAAGAACAAAGCAAGUUGACAAAGAGAACAGUGCUGAGCCAAGUAGCAAGGAUAUAUGAUCCCAUAGGAUUCGCAUCUGCCUUUCUCAUCAGAGCAAAAAUCGGUCUACAACAGUUAUGGCAAAGAGGGCUUGGUUGGGACGACGAGCUUCCAGACGAUAUCAAGGCAGUAUGGGUUGCACUGUUCGAAGAAAUGAAGGAACUGAACUCUGUAACAUUUGAUCGUUCUCUAACUCCUGACGAAAGCGCACAUUCUCCUAUUCUAUGCAUUUUCACUGAUGCAUCGCAAGAUGCAUUUGGAGCGUGCGCAUAUAUCAGAUGGCAMGUCAGCAAUGGAACAUUUGAAGUACGUUUCAUAGCAGCCAAGUCUAGAGUAGCACCUAUCAAAGCUCUGACGAUACCACGAUUGGAACUCCAAGGCGCGGUCAUAGGAUCUAGACUAUCCAGAAGCAUCCAAGAGGAGACGAGGAUUGAGUUUACUAAGGUGAUGUUCUUCACCGAUAGCGAGAUUGUACUAGCUUGGAUACGUAGCCAAGCAAGAAUCUACAAGCCAUUUGUAUCAGUCAGGAUUGGAGAGAUUCAAGACAACUCUGAUCCAGCACAGUGGAAUCACAUUCCUGGCAAGCACAAUGUUGCUGAUGACCUGUCACGUGGAUUGUCCAUCAGACAACUUGAUGAAAGAUGGAAACAUGGUCCUGCAUUUCUGAAAUGCCCCGAAGAAGAGUGGCCCAUUACGCACAACGAAUSAAACCAGCAUUGCAAUGAUGCUGACAAAGAAAUCAAGAAACCAAAGGCAGUAUGUACGGCAGUCAAGUCGCCAGACCUUAUUGACUACAGCAGGUUCUCCAGCUGGAAGACGCUUAUUCGUGUUAAAGCAUGGCUUCAAAGAUUUGUAAAUAAUCUACACGCAAGAAAGAGCCCAGCUUAUACCAACAAGUCAGGAACGCUCACACCACAAGAGUUGGAACAAGCCAGGAAGACCAUCAUAAAGGAUGCUCAAAGAAGUUUGAAAGCAAGAAUCAAGAGCAGUGAGUUAAGUUGCCUAAGCCCGUUUGUGGAUAAUGAAGGUCUUAUACGAGUUGGAGGAAGAGUUGACGAAUCUGUUGUUACAUACGAUACCAAACACCCGUUACUUUUGCCACAGGAAAGCAGAGUUUCCUACCUAAUCGCCCUACAGAACCAUGAGUCUAGCCAUUCCGGCAUAGCAAGCACCGUUGCGAAGAUCAGGAGACGUUAUUGGAUACUGAAGAUACACCGUAUUGUCAAAACGAUCAAAUUCAGAUGCGUCACAUGCAAAGCUAUGAAGCCACAAACAGAGAAGCAGCUUAUGGCCAGCCUGCCAGAAUGCCGAGUAACCCCGAGCACUCCACCAUUCUACUAUACGUCAUGUGAUUAUUUUGGCCCAAUUACAGUCAAAAUCGGACGUAACAAAACAGCAAAGCAUUAUGGUGUUCUAUUUACCUGCCUGAACACUAGAGCAGUACACUUAGAAAUAGCAACUGAUGCUUCAACCAUGGAAUUCAUUCAAGUGCUGCGCAGAUUUUUUGCUAUUAGAGGUUACCCAUCGCUCAUGAUUAGUGACAAUGGAACCCAGCUCGUAGGAGCAGAGAAAGAACUAAGACAGAUGGUUAAGGGAUGGGACCAAGAUAAGCUGCGAGAUUACUGUGCUGACAAAGGCAUGGAAUGGAAAUUCAUAACCCCAGGAGCUCCUCAUCAGAAUGGGUGCGCUGAAGCCUUGGUAAAGAGCUGCAAAUAUGCUCUAAAGAAAGCUAUUGGCAAACAUGUUUUAACUCCGUUYGAGUUAUAUACAUGCCUAUUAGAGGUAGCCAACCUCGUAAAUCAACGACCAAUUGGCAGAGUCCCUAACGACCCAGAUGAUGGAGCCUACAUAUGCCCUAACGAUAUGCUGCUCGGAAGGGCAUHCACCCACGUGCCACAAGGUCCCUUUGAGGAGACAGCCAACACUAGACGAAGAGUCGAGUUUGUUCAACAAAUAGUUGAAUCCUUCUGGAAACGUUGGUCGAGAGAUGUAUUCCCUCAAUUAGUACCACGUCUGAAAUGGAAGACCGACAGACGAAACAUUCGUGUUGGAGAUGUGGUCAUGAUGAACGACCAAAAUGCAGUCCGUGGUAAAUGGACCAUUGGCAAGAUUAUUGAAGUGUAUCCCGGUCGAGACGGUAAAGUACGAAAUGUACAACUCAAGACAGCAACUGGUACGUACUCAAGACCAGUCUCGAAGGUAGCGGUUAUUCUCCCUGUUGAAGAAGAUGCUAAUUGA